CUUUUCCCCUCCACGUUCCUAGUGGAGAGCUGAGCCUAGCAUUCCAGACUUGGGUGAUUUCAUAGGCAAGCAUUCGAAGACUUGCUUCACUUAGGGUACCCUAUAGUCUCAGUGACUCGAGGUGACAGGAGACUUCAGGUGGCAAAGCUCCCUCUCUCAGCAAGUCCAACAUCAUGGGGAAGGGAGAGACUUUGGAGGGAGCACCACCCACUCCAGCCUACCGUUCUGUCAUGGAGGAGUAUGGUUACGAGGUGGGCAAGGUCAUUGGCAAUGGCUCCUAUGGGACGGUGUAUGAGGCUUACUACACAAAGCAGAAAGUCAUGGUAGCUGUCAAAAUUAUCUCAAAAAAGAAGGCCUCUGAAGACUAUCUUAACAAGUUCCUGCCUCGUGAGAUACAGGUCAUGAAGAUCCUGCGGCACAAGAACCUCAUCAACUUCUACCAGGCCAUCGAGACCACAUCCCGAGUGUACAUCAUUCUGGAACUAGCUCAGGGUGGUGACGUCCUUGAAUGGAUCCAGCACUAUGGAGCCUGCUCUGAGCCUCUUGCUGGCAAAUGGUUCUCCCAAAUGACACUAGGCAUUGCCUACCUGCACAGCAAGGGCAUUGUGCAUCGCCUGACGCCCAGCCUUUCUGCUGCUGGUAGGGACUUAAAGUUGGAGAACCUGUUGUUGGACAAGCGGGAGAAUGUGAAGAUAUCGGACUUUGGCUUCGCCAAGAUGGUGAUUCCUAACCAGCCUGUGCGUAAUAGCCCUUCUUAUCGCCAGAUGAGCUGCUUUACCCACCUCAGCCAGACCUAUUGUGGAAGCUUUGCCUAUGCCUGCCCGGAGAUCUUGCUAGGCUUGCCCUACAGCCCUUUCUUGUCUGACACCUGGAGCAUGGGCGUCAUCCUGUACACCCUAGUGGUUGCCCGUCUGCCCUUUGAUGACACCAAUCUCAAGAAGCUGCUGAGAGAGACUCAGAAGGAGGUCACUUUUCCACCUAACUGCACCAUCUCCCAGGAAUGCAAGACCCUGGUCCUCCAGAUGCUACGCCAAGCUACUAAGCGUGCCACCAUCCUCGACAUCAUCAAGGAUCCCUGGGUACUCAAGUUUCAGCCUGAACAGCCCACCCAUGAGAUCAGGUUGCUUGAGACCAUGUGCCAGCCCCCAAGCACCAGUAAUCGCCAACCUUUGGAAAUCAAGAACUGAGCAUGGGUGAGGGGCGGGGGAUGAGAGACAAUUCAAGCAGGAGGGCCUAGAGCUAAAAUCUUAUUUAUAAGAGAAAUAAAUCUAAUUCUGAUUUAGUUUCAUCA